GCUGAAAAAGUGAAUAGAGGAGAACCCCCGAAUUCCAUUGCUACGACUCCUACUGUAAACGGUCCUGCCAGUAACAGCGAUGGGGAGGAGCUCGGUCCACCGCCGGACGGAGGCUGGAAGGCAUGGCUAAGCGCACUUUGUGGCCAUUUUCUCUUCAUGAAUACGUGGGGUUUCAUUAACAGCUUUGGUGUCUUUCAGACGUAUUACACUACACUUCUGGACAAGCCGCCUUCGGAUAUCUCAUGGAUCGGCUCGAUUCAAGUCUUUCUGAGCUUUUUCGUUGGCGCCUUCAUCGGCCGCUUCACAGAUGCCGGUUUUUUACGUCACAUUUUGGUCUGUGGCACGGUCAUGGUCACGCUCGGUAUCUUCACUGCCUCGGUUUCUACGCAAUAUUGGCAGCUGGUUCUUUCGCAAGGGAUUUGUUGCGGCCUCGGCAGUGGUUGCCUGGUCACACCAGCGGUAUCUGUAGUUUCUACAUAUUUUGAGAAGAAGCGAUCGCUCGCCAUCGGGUUCGCCACGUGUGGCUCAGUGACAGGUGGCCUCGUCUUUUCGGCCAUGGCCAGACAGCUUAUACCCUCGAGUGGGAUUGGUUGGGCAUUGCGAGGCAUUGGUUUUGUGCAGGUGGCCACCUUACUCUUUGUCACUACCUUCAUGAAGUCACGAUUGCCACCGCGCAAGGCAGGCAGACUCGUGGAAUGGGUUGCAUUCAAAGAGCUGGAGUAUACUUUCUUCACCGCUGGCAUGUUCUUUAACUUCUGGGCGGUGUUCUUCGGCUUCUACUACGUCGCUUCUUACAGCCGCGACAUCAUCAUUCCCCACUUCUCUUACACCGACUCCCUCAACAUCCUUCUGAUCCUGAACGGCGUUGGUGUAGUAGGCCGCAUGAUACCGAACCAUUUCGCCGACAGGGUGGGGCCGCUCAAUAUGAUGAUCCCGACGUGUGUGAUUGCCGGCAUUGCGUUGUUCUCGUGGAUCGCCGUGCACACCCCCGGCCAACUCUACGCGUGGACAGUCGUGUACGGCAUCGUUGCCGGUGGUAUCUUGAGCCUGUUUCCGGCAGGGUUGUCGAGCCUGACUACCGACCUGUCGAAGCGCGGCGCACGCAUCGGGAUGAACUUUACAAUCGUCAGUUUUGCAACGCUAACGGGGAACCCGAUCGCCGGGGCAAUUAUUUCGGCUACAGGAGGCAGGUACCUUGGAGCCGAAAUACUCAUGGGUACUAGUUUUCUGCUUGGAGGGGCGUUUAUCUUCGCGGCGAGGUUGACUCGACAGCGAAGGACGAAGAGAGGAUGGUGGAUUAAGAUAUAG